AACUUGUUGUGGCCGCAAAGAAGAUAAAAUGUGCAAGUCACGAGAAUAAAAGACGGUUCAUGGGGUUUUGUGUUGGGGAUCUAAGAACGUCCACAACCUCUGGUUCGAGCUCUCCGAAGGCGAAAGCUCUUUAGCCGAUUCAUCCCCUCCGGUUCGAACGGUUCAGGUUGUGAUGUGGUUUCAGCAAUUCCCAGAGUUUCAACCAAACCCGUUGUAUAUUUCGGGAGUCUUAUGCUGGAGUCUAUGUGCCAACUCUUGCUUCUCAAAUUGCAGAAGUUUGUACGAGAGCCCGUGGUGGACCGCCGCCAAAAACCCAUACAAAUCUGCUCUGAGUCAGCUCAUUGCAGUUGAGUACGACUCACGCGACAUCUACCGCCACCGCCUCCAGCUCAUUGGCUCCACACUUUCUCAGGUUAAAUGUCUUAUUCAUGUGGUUAAAGCUGGUGCAUUCAAGUCCAGCAACGCGCGGCCAUUUUUGCUAGUAAAUACUAAACUGAGUAAUAUCCGACUGGGGCUGUUGGUCCUUCAACUGGUAGAAAAGGCUUCUCUGGUUCUGGUGGUGGCGGUGGAGUGGCAAAGCACCAAGGCCGGUAGUGGCAUAGAGUAGCGGGGACUUCGGUCAGGCAACUCGAAAAGCUCAUACGCGGAAGUGUUUUGGUGAAUAACUUGAGAGAGAUGGAUUUUUAUCCCUUUGAAGCUUGUUUUGCAUAUAGGAGGGGAAUUUGCAGACAAGGGUUGUGCCUUUGUUGUUUCUCUUAAGCAAUGUCUGAAGAUAUAUCAUGUAUUUAAUGAAUAAAAGCAGAUGAUACCAACUAAGAUUCCUAUUUAAAUUUGUAGAGUUCCGUUACAACAAAAGUGAUUUCCGCACACUGACCUUCUCUGCACUCUUAUUUUUACAGCUCUUGAAUUGAAUGAAUCACCAAAAGAAUCAAAGGAUACUCGAGGGUUACGAACAAGGAGACGGGUGCAGAAGGGGAAACCAGGCGUGAAAUCACCACCCGUGUAGCAUUCCAAUAGUUUACUUCCAAGACUGAGAGUAAAUUGUAGCAAUAGUCCCUUAACUUUAACAUAAUCGAUGGCCAAUUAAAAAUCUAUUACUAUUGAU